UGGUUGGAUAAAUUCACUUUGAAUGGUGUUCUCACUGUUACACACUGAAUCGCCGUCGUCGCCAUGUUUACCGGCCUCAACCAACUCAUCAACCUAAACUUCACCCUUCAUAAACCCUCAUCAACCACCGGAGAUAUUUGGUACGCCGCCGGUCCUAUAGCUCUACUCAUGUUCGCCUCACUUGUCUACUCAAUUUCCUCCAAAAAUAGGAAGGAAUUGAACAUCGGAAGCUAUGAUCAUGUCGGAACGGAGAUUGCAGAAGCAGCUACCGGAUUGUUUCAGAGAUCUGAUGACGACGAACUUUCGUGGAAAUCCGCAAGCGAUGUACUUCUCCAAGAAGACAAUGAUGAAAUCAUCUCAAAAGAUGAUGCCAAAUAUGCCGAAGAAUUACAAGUCCAAGAAGCUCUAUUAGCUUCUAUCUCUUCUUCUCAAACAACAGACAGUGCAUCAAGCUCAACGCAUAAAGCAAGGACAUCGUUGGGUUCAUGGUUGAAGAAUAAAGAGGUAGAAAUCGCAGAUCCGACCCUAAAUAUCUGCAAAAUCUGCUUGGAGAACCAGGAAUCAUGGAAAAUGUUCAAAAACUCAACCUGUUCUCAUUCCUUCUGUUACGAAUGCACCAGCAAACACGCGACAACAAAGAUUCAAGAAAACAAUAACACCAUUAAAUGCCCUGGGUUGAACUGCAAAUCCGCAUUGGAUUUCAACGCCUUAAGAUUAAUCAUUCCCAAAGACGUUCUCAUGAAAUGGGACGAAAUGCUAUGUGAAUCCACGAUUCUUGAAUCCCACAAGCUAUACUGCCCUUUUGCCGACUGUUCAGUUCUACUAAUCAACGAUGACAUCAGCAUAAGUAAAAUCGAUUGUCCAGUAUGCAGGCGGUCAUUCUGUGCAGUGUGUCGGGUUCCUUGGCAUUCGGAGUUCACCUGCAAGGAGUUUGAGAAGCUUAACAGUAAAAAGAAAGGAAAAAAAGAUGAUGGGAUGGCAGUUGCACUUGCUAAGAAGAAAAACUGGAAGAAAUGCCCAAGCUGCAAGUUCUUUGUGGAGAAAGCUGAGGGGUGUUUGCAUAUAACAUGCAGGUGCAAGUAUGAGUUCUGCUAUAACUGUAGAGCCAAGUGGAGUUCUAAUCAUGGAGGCUGCAAACCAAGAUCUUGAGAGGUUAGUGUUCAUAUGAUAAGUAAAUAUUAUUUCUAUUUCUAGCAUCUAGUUUUCAUAGUUUGAAUAAAAGUCAUCUAUUUUUAA